AUGCAGUUACCUCUUCUCUACGAACCAGGACUUUUGGCUGUCAAUGAUGGUCCUCUGGAUAAUGUCAAGCCCCUCAACCAGUCUCGGCCCAAUGAACCUAUCGCAGAUUUGCGACAACGCUACGAGAAAGACGGUUAUCUGUUCCUCAAAGGCCUUAUCCCGCGAGAGGAUGUGUUAAAGGCCCGUCAUGAGUACUUCACUAUGAUGUUACCCACGGGUGUCUUGGAACAGGGCUCCCAGCCGGUAGAGGGCAUCUUCAGUCCUCACAAGUCCCCUGAAGAAUUCCCUGGAAUUGGAGCCGGCGGAGCCGGUAAGAACGGACGACCCGGGGGCGAGAAGGCUGCCCAGUUUGUGGAUCAGGCCAUCAAUGCUCACUACCAGGAUUGGUACACAAAGGAGUUCUGUCGACACCGGUCCUUGAUGGACUUCGUGGCUAGCUUCACCGGCUGGGGAUCACACACUCUGGGACUGCGCCGAUCUCUGCUACGAAACAAUAUUCCUGGAACUAAACCCAUAGGUGUGCAUUACGAUCAGAUCUUUUUGCGCCAUGGAGAACCAACGAGCAUCACUGCGUGGGUUCCGAUCGGAGAUAUCAAGGUGACCGGAGGCGGCCUUAUUUACCUCGAAAAUGGCAAUCCGCUCGGUAUCAAGAUCGAAGAGCAAUAUACCCAGAAAGCAAAUGCGGCAGGCUUAACAGAAGAGGAGACAAAGGACGCAUUCAACACCAAUAUGAUGGCCACGGGGUUGUUGUCGGAGCUGCCGUUGGAUUUUUCUCACCGAUAUCAGCGAGCCUGGCUCACCGCCGAAUAUGAAGCUGGAGACGUGGUUCUGCACAAGCCACACGCCAUCCACGCCUCCACCAUCAACAAUGAUCCGGAUAGGGUGAUACGUCUGGCUACAGACCUGAGAUUUAUUGACUCUUCAAAGCCUUUUGACACACGAUGGAACAAGUACUACCAGGUCGGCGAUGGUGUUUAA